GGAGUGGCACUUUUUAAAAGUGCACCCCGCAGGCCAGAGCGUCGCCGCCAGCUCCUCUGUCCGCCCGCUGCCCGCCGUCCGGCCCAAGCCCGUCUUGCUCGCACCAUGCCGGUCAAGGGGGGCACCAAGUGCAUCAAGUACCUGCUGUUCGGAUUUAACUUCAUCUUCUGGCUGGCUGGGAUUGCAGUCCUUGCCAUUGGACUAUGGCUGCGGUUCGACACUCAGACCAAAAGCAUCUUUGAGCAGGAGAAUAACCACUCCAGCUUCUACACAGGAGUGUACAUUCUGAUUGGAGCUGGUGCUCUCAUGAUGCUGGUGGGAUUCCUGGGCUGCUGUGGUGCCGUGCAAGAGUCCCAGUGCAUGCUGGGACUGUUCUUCACCUUCCUCUUGGUGAUAUUUGCCAUUGAGAUCGCCGCGGCCAUCUGGGGCUACUCUCACAAAGAAGAGGUGAUUAAGGAAGUCCAGAAAUUCUACCAGGACACCUAUACCAAGCUGAAGAACAAGGACGAGCUGCAGAAGGAGACACUGAAGGCCAUCCACUUCGCAUUGAACUGCUGCGGGAUGACCGGGGCACUUGAACAAUUUCUCACUGACAUCUGCCCUGAAAAAAAACUAAUGGAAGGCAUCACUACAAAGCCCUGCCCUCAAGCCAUCCAGGAGGUCUUCGAUAACAAAUUCCACAUCAUCGGCGCUGUGGGCAUCGGGAUCGCCGUGGUAAUGAUAUUCGGCAUGAUCUUCAGUAUGAUCCUGUGCUGUGCCAUCCGUAGGAGCAGAGAGAUGGUCUAGAGUCAGCUCACACCCCUGAGCAGGAAGAGUCCCACUGAAGAUUGUUAGUGAUUUUCUUGGGGGUUAAAGUUUAUUGUUUGCUGGGUUGUUUUUUUGUUUGGUUUUUUAUUUGUUUGUUUUGUUUAUUGUUGUGUUUUCUUUUUUUUUUUUUUUUUGCCACUAACCUUAGUAUCCGUUCUGCACGUCUAAACCAAACAAAAAUAAUUAUUCUGUGUUUGUCUUUUUAAUGCUUUUCAACCUGGAUAUUUGUAGUCAAGGGAUUUGGGGGUUUGGUUUGCUUGUAUUUUCAUUUUUCCUUUUUGGUCAGUUAUUUUUGCUUAUUAUAUUAAGCAGAAAUCCUGCAAUGAAAGGUACUAUAUUUGCUAGACUCUAGAAAAAAGAUACUGUAUAUAAAAAGAAUUUUUUUGUCUUUAAAUAGAUAAAAAUAUCUAUCAAAUUUAAUCAGGUUGUAACUUAUGUUGAAGACAAUUUGAUACUUAAUAAAGGAUUAUGACAGUAGACUAA